UACCACCCACUGAAACUAUUUCAAAACUGUUGGGCACAGGAAUUCAAAUCAGAUGCAGAUUUCACAACGGAUGACCACAGUCUCUAUCAGUCUGUGGACAGGAUGAAGUGUGUUGGGAUCUUUCUUGUGUUGUCACUGGUCAUUCUCAUGGCUGAACCCGGGGAGUGUUUGUUCAAACGCUUGAAAUCAAUGUGGAAAAGCGUCAAGGCUGCAUUUAGAGGGGCCAAGCAGGCAUGGAGAGAAUCCAGAAACAACGAAGAGAUGCGUAGGCAAAACAAACUGAGGUACCAGCAAGAACAACCGAAUGACAGAGAUUAUAAUCAAGACCAGCCAUAGUUUGAGCUGCGGCUUUUUGCUCUGCAAUUCCACAAACAAACGGAUCAUGAAACGCAACACACCAACCAGCGGCCUUCACUUUGCAUGAAGCACUUGAGAAGAAGUGAUUUUUGGCACAGCUUACAAUCAUUUUCAAAAAUAUAAAACUGGUUGAAUUUGCAAACUGAUGAAUAAAACUGCAAUACAA